GGGCAACGAUCGCUGGUGGUGGUCGUUGCUGCCUCGCAGGCGACGGUCGCUGGUAGUGGUCGCUGCUGCUUCUCUGGAGACGGUCGCUGGGUUCUGCAGUCCAUCCUUUCAACAAGAGAACUACAUCUGUUUUGCAGACAUUCAGUGAUUUAAGACUUUAUCUGUGGUGUCGUCUAUUAGCAGCAGCGCCGCCCAUGGGUUAAAGUAUAACAUACUUGCCAUCAUCCAGGGAAGGCACCCAGAAAGGUAUGCAAAACAAAAGAGACCACUGUGUGGUUGAAAAUUGCAAUGCACAUCCUCAAAAUAGCAAAAGAAAUCCCCCAGAAGAAAAACAAGCAACACUUUGUCCAACUAGCCUUCCGCUCGUUAGCACCACCAUCUGGGGGAGGGGGAGCCAAGAUACCCACUCCUCAACCCAUCCUCCGAAUUGACAAUAAAAGAAUAUCACGGUAUUAAACAGGAAAGAAACUAUUUUGCUGUUGAAUGCAUCCACAAGAACUAUUAAGAAUACCCUACUAUAAUGGAGAUCGUGAGCAUUGAUACUGAAGAGACAUUGUAUCAGUGUGAAGUGUGUCUGAAAAAGUUUUUACAAAAAUCACCUUUAAUACAACACAUGAAAGUUCAUACUGGAGAGGAGCGACAUCAGUGUUCAGUAUGUCUAAAAGACUUCACAGAAAAACCAGCUUUAAUACAACACAUGGAAGUUCAUUCUGAAGACCAACCAUAUCAGUGUUCAGUGUGUUUAAAAAUGUUUUCUAGUAGAUCAAAACUUAUACAGCACAUAAGAGUUCAUACAGGAGAAAAGCCACAUCGGUGUUCAAUUUGUUUGAAAGAAUUUAGUAAAAAUUCAAAUCUAACACAACAUAUGAGAAUUCAUACAGGAGAAAAACCAUAUCAAUGUUCACAAUGUCUAAAAACCUUUUCACGAAAAUCAAUUUUAAUACAGCACAUGAGAGUUCAUGGAGAAGAUAGACCAUAUCAGUGUUCAUUAUGUCUAAAACAUUUUUCAGAAGAAUCACACCUAAUGGAACACACGAGAGUUCAUGCAGGCGAAAAGCCAUUUCAGUGUUCAGAGUGUCGAAAAGACUUUUCACAAAGAUCAAAGUUGAUUCAACAUAUGAGAGUUCAUACAGGGGAAAAACCAUUUCAGUGUUCAGAAUGUCUAAAAGGUUUCUCAGAAAGAUCAUAUCUUAUUCAGCACAAAAGAAUUCAUACUGGUGUCAAACCUUAUCAGUGUUCAGUGUGUGUCAAAAGGUUCUCAAGAAAUUCAUUUUUAAUACGACAUAUGAGAGUUCACACAGGAGAAAAACCAUAUCAAUGUUCAUUGUGUCAUAAAGAAUUUACCGAAAAAUCACAUCUAAUAGAACAUACGAGAACUCAUACGGGAGAGAAACCAUAUCAGUGCUCAGAGUGUCUAAAAGGCUUUUCACAAAAAACUCGACUAAUUCAACACAAGAGAAUUCAUACCGGAGAGAAACCAUACAAUUGUGCAGAGUGUCAAAAAAGCUUUUCAGAAAGAUCAAAUCUAAUACAGCACAUGAAAAUCCAUACUCGAGAAAAAUCACAUCAAUGUUCAGUGUGCAUUAAAAAAAAAUCAAGAAAACCUCUUCUGAUUGAACAUAUGAGUGUUGAUACUGGAGGAAAAUCAAAUCAUUGUUCUUGUUUAAAAAGCUUUAGAAAAUCACAUUUAAUAUGAUAUUCAUGAAUGUCUCCUUUUUUUUUUUUAAAGAAGAUAACAGUGAGCUAAAACUUAAUUUGCAUAAUACUGUCUCCUCGGUGAUAAUCCUCAGUGAGUUUCUUGCCAGGUAUAAUAAUCUUUUGGAUAAAAAAAAUUGAUCCAUGAAGUAAUUUGCAAGCGUAAGGGGUAAAAACCAUUCCACUGUUCAGAGUGAAAGGUUAGUCAGAACCAAGUCUAUUAAUGUGUGGAAGUUUCAGGAGUGUAUAUGUCACAGGAUCUGCUACAUAAACCAAGACUCCACUUUUGUGUAUUUUAGCAGUGCAUCACAACUUGUAUCUAUAAUGUAAUAAACAGCUCUAAAUUAUAAUUUGAUAUGUACCUGUCUUCAGUUUAUAAAUGUUUUGAAUAUGAUUAAAGUAUUUUUCAUUACUGUGUGCAAAAUAAUUGUUGCCAAGCACACAAUUUGAAGGACUUCAUGAAUUAUCAUGCAUGUAGUUAUUGUGGCUAAUCAGUUCUUUAUGUGAUGUCAUUACAAACUUACCUGUAUACAACAUAAAAAAACAAAGUAAAACAGUCAAAGAAU